GAUAGGAGAACGCCUUGCGCCGGCUUAGCCUAUCUCGCGGCCUCAACGCCUGGCCCAGCCCAACACGGCAGCUGGCCUUCACCUUUUUAGUGGGCCGGGCUAGCCUACUGCCAUGUGCCGAUCUCCAUCAUCCUCCGCUCCGUUCCUCACAAAAAGAAAAAAAAGUCAGCGACCAACGUGCGCCGCCACCAGCUCCGGAGCUCCCAAAACAUCUCUAGCUUACUGCCGCCACGCUCCCCUCCACCGACACCACACCCACAAGCCGCCGCCAACCAACCCCUGCCUCCGCCUCAUGCAUCGCCGGGGCCGUGAGCUCGGCGCCCCCGCCCCACGGUGCAAACCUUUUUCUGUCCGAAGAGAAGAAUUUCCACCCUGCAAUGGUCGACGGACUUAAGGUCGGAGUGCAGUUCAUUUGUCUUCCUCUGUUUUUUUUUUUUUCUAAAUGCACCAAUCGACGACUCCGAUAAUUCGGAAAACAUAUUCGGAUCAGAUUUAAGGGCUGGUCCGACCUGUAUUUGGAGACACUCACGCCUGUAUAAAUAAACACAAGUACACAAUUAAUCCAUCUCCAGUUUCAAAGGUUCAUAAUCAGAUUGAAGUCCCCCUCCAAUCCAAUUGAAUUUGGAGGAAUCUGCACACCCAUAUACAAAUAUAGACACGAGAGUACAGAAUUGUUUCGCACCUUCAAUCGAAGCCUUACAAUUGGAUUGAAGGCUGGUCUAAAUUCCGAUUUAUUUCAUCUGAGCUUCAAAGACUUGCAAGCUUGUGUCGUAUUCCUGAUGGCACACGAGGCCGGACCCGGACAUACCCAUCAAGUUGAAGAAGACAUGAUAAGCAAUCUAAAUGAUGAUGUUUUGCUCUCAAUCUUAGAAAAUGUCGACUUAACAACAUCAGUGAGGGCAAGUGUCCUAUCCACACGAUGGAGACACCUUCCAUGGUUGCUCGGACAACUCAACAUAGAUAUGAUGGACUUCCUUCAUGAACCAUAUGCCGAUCCCACACUGGAUGAUCACAUUGAUAAAGCAAUGUCAUCUCUGACAGAAGCAGUUAGAAGCAUGUUGUCUCCUUCCUGCAGAAAGACAGUCAUCACCAGACUUUGUAUUUCACUAAUCGUUGCCAACAGUUACUCGAGUGAAAUCGGUCAUCUUGUUAAUGAAGUGGUUGAAAAUGGGAUGGUAAAAGAUAUAGAGCUCACAAGCGGGAUUGAGAACAUGGGUGCUGUCAGUGAUGAUGAAUUGGUAAAACAUGCUAAUGGUGUGAUUAGUUUCUUUUGUAACUAUCCAAAUAUAUCUUGUUGCCUCACAAGGCUCCUCCUUUUUAAUGCGACCUUUCUGGAAUCAGAUCUACAUAAUCUCAUUGCAAAUGUAUGCACGGAACUGCGUUAUCUUUAUCUCAGCCGGUGUGAUACUGGCUUCCAAUCAACAUUCAAGAUAGACGCACCAAACUCAAAACUCAACAUUCUAGAACUUGUCCACUGUCAUUUUUCACAAGUUGAGUUGCAUUGCCUUCCAAUGCUAGAGAAAGUCAUAUUUGGAUUUUGGCUAACUAAAUGUGUGCCCUUGACUUGGGGACACAUCCCAUGCCUCAAGGAAUUGGAAGUCUUUUCAGCCAUGCCACCUCAUCAAGAACAAUUUAAGUUAAGUGAGUUUCUAUGUGGCGCGGCAUGUAUAAAUACUUUAUCAUUGGAUUUCCUCGGGCAAAAGAUUUGGCUACUACCUGAAAAACAUCAACUUUCCUCAGCAUUUAGCAAUUUGAGGAAAUUGUGCAUAUAUGAUAUCUUUGUUGGAUUUGGGCUUUUGUGGACAACAAAUCUUCUUGAAGUUGCGCCAUCCCUCGAGAUACUUGAAGUUGAGGUGUAUGACCAUCGAUGUGAGCAGGACGAGAAAGUAACUAAGUUGUGUGCUAAAAGAAGUAAUGCGUCAUGGGAAGUGCCAGAGUUUCCAUACCCGAAGCAUUUGCCACUGAAAGAACUUGAAAUCAUUGGUUUCAAUGCAUCAGAAGAACAUCUAUUGUUUAUAGGAGCAGUGAUGGACCGGGCUCCUAACUUACAGUCGGUUGUUUUGAAAGACAAGUGCUGUAAGGAAUGCGAAUCAACCAGUACAGCGUUAGUAAAACAUAAAUUUCUAGAAAAUGAAGAUGAACAAGAGCUGGUAGUGAAUAAGCUCAGAGACUGGUUCUCCUCCGGUGCUCAGAUAAUUUUCAGUGACUGCAAGGUUGUCAGCGAAUGUGUGUUUGCGUGAAAUGAAAAAGAUACUGAAGGUUGUUCAUGAUUGACUAUAUGUAUUGCUCAUCGCUAUCAUCUAUGGUUUUCUUAUAAAAUCAAGCUGCCAGCAUAAUC